CGGACAGAAGCUCAGGCAGAGCUCCCGUCCGUCAGACGGUGGGUCCGCCAGUGAGCUAGCCAAGUGCCCCGCGGUCCCCAGCUUCGUCGCUGUCCCGCAGUUUAUUGGGCCGGAACGGCGACCCAGGUGCUCGCCAUGGCGACGUUCAUCUCAGUACAGCUGAAAAAGACCUCAGAAGUGGACCUGGCCAAGCCGCUGGUGAAGUUCAUCCAGCAGACGUACCCGAGCGGCGGGGAGGAGCAGGCCCAGUACUGCCGCGCGGCCGAGGAGCUCAGCAAGCUGCGCCGCGCAGCCCUCGGCCGCCCGCUGGACAAACACGAGGGCGCCCUGGAGACGCUGCUGAGAUAUUAUGAUCAGAUCUGUUCUAUUGAACCUAAGUUCCCAUUUUCUGAAAAUCAGAUCUGCUUGACAUUUACCUGGAAGGAUGCUUUUGAUAAAGGCUCACUUUUUGGAGGAUCUGUAAAGUUGGCUCUUGCAAGUUUAGGAUAUGAAAAGAGCUGUGUGUUGUUCAAUUGUGCAGCCUUAGCUAGCCAGAUUGCAGCAGAACAGAACCUGGAUAAUGAUGAAGGAUUGAAAAUCGCUGCUAAGCAUUACCAGUUUGCUAGUGGUGCCUUUUUACAUAUUAAAGAGACGGUUUUAUCUGCCUUAAAUCGAGAGCCUACUGUGGACAUAUCUCCAGAUACUGUUGGGACCCUCAGUCUUGUUAUGUUGGCACAGGCCCAAGAAGUAUUUUUUUUAAAGGCCACAAGAGACAAAAUGAAAGAUGCCAUCAUCGCCAAAUUGGCUAAUCAGGCUGCAGAUUAUUUUGGUGAUGCUUUCAAGCAGUGUCAAUAUAAAGAUAUUUUCCCCAAGUAUUUUUAUUUCCAGGAGGUGUUCCCUAUCUUGGCUGCCAAGCACUGUAUCAUGCAGGCCCAUGCUGAGUACCAUCAGUCUAUCCUGGCAAAACAGCAGAAGAAAUUUGGAGAAGAGAUUGCAAGGCUACAGCAUGCAGCAGAAUUGAUUAAAACAGUGGCAGCUCGCUAUGAUGAAUAUGUCAAUGUGAAGGAUUUUUCUGACAAAAUCAGCCGUGCCCUUACUGCAGCAAAGAAGGAUAAUGACUUCAUAUAUCAUGACCGAGUUCCAGACCUCAAAGAUCUAGACCCUAUUGGCAAAGCCACACUUGUGAAAUCUACCCCAAUCAAUGUACCCAUUAGCCAGAAAUUCACUGAUCUCUUUGAGAAGAUGGUCCCUGUGUCGGUGCAGCAGUCUUUGGCUGCCUAUAAUCAGCGGAAAGCUGAUUUAGUGAACAGGUUAAUUGCUCAAAUGAGAGAAGCUACCACUUUGGCAAAUGGGGUGUUAGCCUCCCUUAAUCUUCCAGCAGCAAUUGAAGAUGUAUCUGGAGAUACGGUACCUCAGUCUAUACUGACUAAGUCUGCGUCUGUGAUCGGACAGGGGGGCAUCCAGACUGUAGAUAAGUUGAUCAAAGAGCUACCUGAACUACUACAGAGAAAUAGAGAGAUCCUAGAUGAGUCAUUGAGAUUGUUGGAUGAAGAAGAAGCAACUGACAAUGAUUUAAGAGCAAAAUUCAAAGAACGCUGGCAAAGGACAGCAUCCAAUGAACUCUAUAAACCUUUAAGAGCAGAGGGAGCCAACUUCAGAGCAGUUUUGGACAAAGCUGUGCAAGCAGAUGGACAAGUGAAAGAACGUUAUCAGUCUCACCGUGACACCAUUGCACUUUUGUGUAAGCCGGAGCCUGAGCUGAAUGCUGCCAUCCCUUCUGCCAACCCAGCAAAGACCAUGCAGGGCAGCGAGGUUGUAAAUGUAUUAAAAUCCUUGUUGGCAAAUCUUGAUGAAGUAAAAAAGGAAAGAGAGGGGCUAGAGAAUGACCUGAAAUCAGUGAAUUUUGACAUGACAAGCAAAUUUUUGACUGCUCUGGCUCAAGAUGGUGUGAUAAACGAAGAAGCUCUUUCUGUUACUGAACUGGAUCGAAUCUAUGGAGGUCUGAAGACUAAAGUCCAAGAAUCUCUAAAGAAACAGGAAGGACUUCUUCAAAAUAUUCAGGUCUCACACCAGGAAUUUUCAAAAAUGAAACAAUCUAACAAUGAAGCUAACUUAAGGGAAGAAGUUUUGAAGAAUUUAGCUACUGCAUAUGACAACUUUGUUGAACUUGUAGCUAAUUUGGAGGAGGGCACAAAGUUUUACAAUGAACUGACUGAAAUCCUGGUCAGGUUCCAGAACAAAUGCAGUGAUAUAGUAUUUGCACGGAAGACAGAAAGAGAUGAACUCUUAAAGGACUUGCAGCAAAGCAUUGCCAGAGAACCGAGUGCUCCUUCGAUUCCGACACCUGCGUAUCAGUCCUCGCCAGCAGGAGGGCAUGCCCCCACGCCCCCAACACCAGCACCAAGAACCAUGGCGACAACUAAGCCCCAGCCCCCAGCCCGGCCUCCACCUCCUGUGCUUCCAGCUGGUCGUGCUCCUUCCGCGACAGCUCCCGCUCCCGCUCCCGCUCCCGCUCCCGUGGGGGCUGCAGCUACUGCGCCAGCUCCUCCGCAGGCUCCUGGUUCCGCCCCCCUUCCACAGGCCCAGGGGCCCCCCUACCCCACCUACCCAGGAUACCCCGGGUAUUGCCAAAUGCCCAUGCCCAUGGGCUAUAAUCCUUAUGCAUACGGCCAGUAUAACAUGCCAUAUCCACCGUUGUAUCAACAGAGCCCCGGACAGGCUCCGUAUCCAGGACCCCAGCAGCCUUCAUACCCCUUCCCUCAGCCCCCACAGCAGUCUUACUAUCCACAGCAGUAAUAUGUCAGCUCAGAAGUUCAGCUGGUUCAGUCAGAAGGGACAGAAAUACCAAUCCUGCAAUAAGUGUACUAAACUCCACGCUCUCGUUAAUAUGAUGCACUCUGCUGUGCUGAAUCAGUGUAUGAUGCUUGUCUGCGGCUGAACACUAAAAGCUGUUUAGUGUCCCAGUUCCACGUUUGACUGCACAUGUGAGACUUGCUGCUGUUGCAGUACAAACACUAGGUAUAAUAGGAUUUGAAAUAAAUUAUAUUACAGUUCAUAAAAGUUGAAAAUGAGAAAUUAAACCCACAAGUGAAACCUUUGAAAUGAUCAUACUUAUGUCUACAUAAGAUGUGAUUGGGACAGCAGAUACUUAUGACAGUUUAAGUACAGAUAUUCAAGUAAACCAAGUUUUCUUUCUCUUUUGGUUUAUUGAUUUGGUUUAAUUUCCAUUAUGCUAUUUUGCAUAAUCAAAGCAUUGUAAUCUUAUAAUUUAAAAAUAAAUUACUUAAGAACAGUUGUUAUUGUUAUGUUUUGUCAUUGAUUCUCAUUACUGUCUAAUUUCUUUCUGGUAUUAGUUUCAUUUUAUGUGUACGUGAGUUAAACAGGAACUGUGUUUAAGUGCAUGAUUAGUGCAAGUUAAUAGUCAGGUUCAAGUACAUUUAUAGGAAAACCAAAAGAAUAGUAUCAUAAUUUAUCUUUCAUAUGCUGAGUAGUAAAUUAAUUUUGAAAUUUACUUUGAAAAGUCCUAUGAUGAUGUGGAAGGAACACAAUUGGUACCAAAGAUGC